AUGGCUAUCUUGCGCCGACCAUACUAUCGCGACGACUUUGAGAUCGCUAUUAUAUGCGCUCUGAAGGUAGAAUUUGAUGCAGUCGAGGCAUUGCUCGAUGAGGUCUGGGAGGGAAAUGGUAGCCAUGCAUAUGGAAAAGCGCCGGGCGAUCCUAAUGCCUAUACCACUGGUCUAAUUGGCAAACACCCAGUGGUUUUGACAUACAUGCCUGGUGUAGGCAAAACGAUAGCAGGCAACGUAGCGGCAAGCCUCCGUUCAAGCUUCUUAGGAAUUAAGCUUUGCUUAGUGGUUGGUAUCUGCGGAGGCGUACCCGAGAAUAAAUCUGACGAGGACGACGAGGAAGACGACGAAAUCCUGCUCGGCGAUAUAAUAAUCAGUACAGGAAUCGUUGAAUACGAUUUUGGACACCAGUAUUCGGAUCAAGUUGUUAGAAACGACAAUCACAAAGAAAUUCUGAGCCGACCGAAUCACGAAAUUCGAGCGUUCUUAGCAAAGAUGGGGGGAUACCGCUGCCGUACAAGGUUAAUAGAGAACAUCCCCCUUUACCUUGCGGAUAUUUCUGCGAAGGAAGGUUUUGGGACAUUGAGAUAUCCAGGCGCAGAUCAAGACAAGCUCUUCGAACCAACUUAUAUCCACAAGCACCAUACCAGUAAAAGCCAGCCUGUUUGCGUUGAUUGCAAAGAUAGGUAUGAUGCAACUUGUGAUACCGCGCUUGGGCUGAGCUGCACUGAAAACGGCUGCGAUGAUUCGAAACAGGUCACUCGUAAGCGAUUGGAAAAGAUCAAACAUGCGGUUGGAGGCUCAGGUGCAUCUUUGAGGGCGCUUGAGGGGGAAAUGGGAAUACAAAGUCCUCAGAUACAUUUUGGAGCCGUUGCAUCAGGAGACUUAUCCAUGAUGUCCGCCUAUCAUAGAGACAAAAUUGCUGCGCAGGAUAAUGUUAUCGCCUUUGAGAUGACAGCUGCUGGAAUAUGGGACGCCUUUCCCACCGUUAUCAUCAAAGGUGUUUGUAAUUAUUCAGAUAGCCAUAAAAAUGGAGUAUGGGAACGGUACGCGGCGGCAACGGCAGCUGCAUGUAUGAAGGGAUUCUUGAGAGAGUGGAUAACUGCCGACAAGCCGGUCCGAAGAGAUGCGGUAGAAGUCAGUAAUGACUACCUACAUUUCAUGAACCUUUGGUCUAGUACAUUGGCCAUGAUCACACAAGCUAGAUUUAGCGGUAAAAGGCCGUGA